ACUUUGCUUGCAUGUAUAUGCAUUUAUAUCUAUUUUUUCUGAUGCUUGUUGGAGCCAACACCACCCAACUAUCUCUCCUCUUUAUACUUUGCAUCUCCCAACACCCUUUUCUUUCUCUCUCUCUCAUUCAACACCUCAAACAUGAAGCUUAAUCUGCUGCACCUUGGAGCUCUCUUGUUUUUCCUUUUCUUCUUAGUUUCUUCAUAUGCUCGGCCACUAUCUACUGAACAAGGGUGGAACAGAUCAAAACUGAAUGAGGUUUCUGGGAAGGAGGACUUUGCUGUGGAGUUGGAAGGAGGUGAAUCUUUGAAGCUGUUGGGGGUGGAGGACUGCAGAGAUGGAGAUGAAGAAUGUGUGCAGAGAAGAAUGACUUUAGAAGCUCACCUAGACUACAUCUACACCCAACACCAUAAGCCUUGAAAUCAUAAUCUUACUUUUUGUAUAUCUUCUUCAUAAUUUAGAUUAUAGAUUGUAUUAAGCUAGGAUUUCACCUAUUGUUUGUUGCUUUCACUACAACACUAGUGGCUUUGCAAAAGUCUUGUUGAACUGGUAUUGAGGUAUAUCUGUUUAAUAUAGCGCAACUGCAGCACAUAAAGAUAACAAAAAGCUUAUUACUUUUAUCAUA